AUGACAAUCAGUGAUCACAUCGACAACGACAAACAACAACUACCGGAAUAUAAGCCACAAGAGCACACCACCAGCCGCAUCAACACCCCGCACCGGUUCUGCAGGCAGCAUAGCAUGGCCGUCCAAUCAGCAAUAGGCGCAGGCCUACGUCGACGUCGUCCCGUUGUUCUUAUAGGCGCUGUACUGGCGCUGCUUACAGUCUACAUUCUAUACGCACGCUCAUAUGGCACUGCCAUGGGACGACCUCUACCACCAGGAGUCGCCGGAGAAAUGUCUAGUGCACCAGGACGAGCACCGGCGCCACCAGUAGCGGUAUCGCCGACACCGGCCCAGGAUGAUCAGAAAUCAGGCAAUAGUGACGCAAAGCCGGCAGAGGAGCCGGCCAGCAACCCACCCGUUCAGGAACCCGAAAAGCCAGAAGGCGGUGAUAAGCCCGCAGAGGAAAAGCCAGCAGAGGAACCAGCUGGCAAACCCUUGGUUGAGGAGGAAGUAAAGCAGAAGCCUCUCGCGGAAAUGUCGUAUGGCACGGCGGUGCGCCCGCCCUUCAAAGCCAUGCCGAAGUUCAUUUCGGAAUUGCCGGAGGAUCUGGUGCCGCAAAUCCCGAAGGACGGCCAGGGCAGCGAUGGUGGUAGCCACCCACGCGCCAAGAGGUUGGUGAUCGUUGGAGAUGUCCACGGCCAAAAGGCGGAGCUGGAGGCACUGAUCAAGAAGGUCAACUUCGACCGCGCACAAGGUGAUCACCUCGUAUUAGUGGGCGACAUGGUCAACAAAGGUCCGGACAGCGCCGGCGUCAUUGACCUCGCGAUGCAGCUGGGCGCAAGUGCUGUGCGCGGAAACAAUGAGGACCGGGUGAUCCUUGCCCACCGUUCCAUGAAGAACAAGGUCGUCCCAGGCACUACCGGCGACGAUGGCCCCGGUGCUUUUGGCGUCUCUGCCGAGCCAGAAUUGCACGAAGAAGUCGACAAGGACGCACCCCUCAGCUUCGCCCUACCCGAACCGGCCACUGACACGCUGGAGCAGAACCCCUUCUCCCAUGGCGACCAGAGCGACCGCAGCACCGUCUACUCCCUGACGCCGUCGCAGCUCAACUGGCUCUCGAAUCUUCCCGUGAUCCUGCGCAUCGGGACAAUCCGCGAAUCGCCCUUUACCAACCUUGUCGCCGUCCACGCCGGCUUGGUACCGGGUGUGGAGCUAAAGAUGCAGGACCCGUGGGCCGUCAUGAACAUGCGUACAUUUGUCUACCCGGGUCGCGAAGCUCGUCGCCAGCGCGUUAAGAACGAGCUUCGUGACGCUGAGAGAAAGCGUACGGGCAACAAAGAUGCGCCCGGCCCGUCAGACGAGCAGGUGGACGCUGAGCUGGCCAACAGACUCCGCAACGGGAAGGAGCAACCCGAUUAUCACGACGAGAUCGUGCUUCCAAUUGAGGGCCGUGAGGGAGAGCAGUGGUCUGAUGUCUGGACCAAGUACCAGAACGAGAAAGUGGAAGACGAGAAGGAGCGCAUGACUGUGGUGUAUGGUCACGACGCGAAGCGUGGGCUUAGUUUGCCCGGAAAGGAUGCUAAACCUGGGAGCACGUUUGGACUCGACAGCGGCUGUGUGUACGGCCGAGAGCUGACGGCGUUGAUUAUCGAGGCGUCCGAGAAGGGCGUUAUGUACGAAACAGUGAGUGUUGAGUGUCAGAAGAGCGCCGAAAAGAAGAGAAGCCGUAGCCGCAGUCCCCAAGACAAGGGACGAAGGUGA